GCUCUGUGUGCCACACCCAAGCGUUUGGGAUGAGGCCAUCAAAGGAGGGGCCUGGCUGGCGCCCCCACGCUCAAGCCCACACAGGUAACGGCUGUUGGAAUGUGACAGAGGUGUGGAGCUUUUACCUCCUAGAAGGGUGUGGUAGAGAUAGAGGUCCAGGAAGGGAGGAAACCUCUCACCUGGUUGGAGUGUGUGUUUGUAAGGGUGUGUGGGCUCAAGUCACAUUCAGUCAGUGGCUCUCAGUCUCUCUGCUUGUUGUUCCUCUAUAUCACACACUUGCUUCUCUCAGUUUAUGGGCAUUUCAGUCAAUAUUUGACCGGGACAGACUGUGCAAGACCGAAGACGCAAAACAACGCAAGAGAAACAUUGUUUUUUGGUGGUUGUUUUUUUUUUACACCAGGAUUUGUGGAGGACUUCAGAUAAAAAAAAAAAAAACAUCUUCACCAAACUCCAAGGUCACACAUGCCUAAAAGGAUUUAGGUCAUUUUUCUUAAUUAUUGUUGGACUUCAGAACUUGGACUGGUGAGGGAGCAGGAACAGUUGCAGGAGGGAGAUGGGGAGAUGGACGUUACAUCUCUCAGUGGGCCUUUGGCUUCUGCUCAUCCUGUUGACCUGCUCUUGUACUGAAGCGAACUACUGCUUCGCUUCCAGGUCCAAAACCUGCUCAGAAUGCCUGCAGGCGGGGAAAGGCUGUGCAUACUGUCCUGAUGAGACCUUUAAUGGCCCUCGCUGUGAUAUGUAUGAAAAUAUUCUGGCUCAUGGCUGCAGCGCAGCUGCUGUGAUCACCGCCCAAAGCAGUAUGUCGAUUGAAAAAAAAGAACAGAUCAAUGUCCGAAUGCAACAGUCGCAGGUGUCCCCGCAGGAGAUGACCAUGUCUUUUCUGCCUGGAGAGGAGAAGAUGGUGGACGUGGAGGUGUUCGCUCCAACCAAAGGCCCUCUGGAUCUGUACAUUCUUAUGGACUUCUCCAAUUCCAUGGAAGACGAUCUGGACAAUUUGAAGAGGAUGGGCCAGGAGCUGGCUACGCUGGCGGCAAAGCUGUCAGAUGACUACACCAUCGGAUUUGGAAAGUUUGUGGACAAAGUGAUUGAGCCCCAAACUGACAUGAGACCCAUUAAACUUGCUGAACCAUGGCCCAACAGUGACCCUCCAUUCUCUUUUCAAAAUGUCAUCAAGCUGACCAGCGACUUGGACUUCUUUACCAGUGAGCUUCAGAAGGAAAGGAUCUCUGGCAACCUGGAUGCUCCCGAAGGAGGCUUUGAUGCCAUCCUGCAGGCUGCAGUCUGUGGGGAUAAGAUUGGUUGGAGACAACAGAGCACACAUCUGCUGGUUUUCUCCACUGAGUCCGCUUUCCACUACGAGGCUGACGGCGCCAACGUGCUGUCGGGCAUCCUGCCACGCAACGAUGAGCAGUGCCACCUGGAUGAAAAAGGCAAAUACACCGAGGAUAUCAAGCAAGAUUACCCCUCCAUACCCACAUUGGUCCGUCUGCUCGGCAAAAAUAACAUCAUUCCCGUAUUCGCCGUCACCAACUAUUCCUACUCAUACUACAAGAAACUCCAAGAGUACUUCCCUAUUGCUGAGGUGGGCCUGUUGCAAGAAGACUCAUCCAACAUCCUUCAAGUCAUGGAGAUUGCCUUUGAUAAUAUCCGUUCCAAGAUGAGCAUUCGUGCAGAGGACAGACCCAAAGCCUUUGAAGCUGAGUUCUUGUCUACCGAUGAAGCGGUAGCAAAAUACGGAAACUUUGAUUUCAAGCCUGGUGCUAUUGGCAAAUUCAAGAUGCGACUCAAAGCCCAGAGACUGAUCGACGAGUCUCCGGUCUGUCAGAUGGAUCUCGAUGAAAAAGAAGGCACUAUGAGAGUCAAACCUACAACCUUCAACACUGCCGUGAACGUUAAAGCCAGCGUUCUGUGCCCGAUGUGUGACUGUGAGAAGACUGCCAUCCAUAACGCACCCAGAUGCCAUGGCAACGGAGACCUUGUGUGUGGGAAGUGUCAGUGCUAUGACGGCUGGCUGAGUACAUUCUGUAACUGUUCAGCAAGCGCUUCAGCUCUUGACACCAGCCAGUGUUUUGGCCCAGACUCGACGGAACCUUGUUCUGGACGUGGGGAUUGCCUGGAGUGUGGAACCUGUGUGUGCUACAACCCUGAUCAGUUUGAAGGACCCUACUGCCAGUAUGACAGAACCCAGUGUCAGCGAUUCGGUGGCUUUCUCUGCAAUGACCGUGGAUCCUGCAUUAUGGGCCGCUGUGUAUGUUCUGAUGGUUGGGAGGGAAAUGCCUGUGAAUGUCCCAAGAGCAACCAGACUUGUCUGGACAGUAAGGGGGGAGUGUGUAAUGGACGCGGUAAUUGUGUAUGUGGCCGCUGUAAAUGUCCAGCAUCGGGUCUUGAACUGACUGCGACGUGUGAGCCAAACUUCCAGGCCCAGCUCGGUGUGUGCGAGGGUACGCGGAGUUGUGUUCAGUGCCAAGCUUGGAAGACAGGAGAGAAGAAGGACAAAGAGGAGUGUGACAAGUGUCCUUUCAGAGUCGUCAUGGUGGAUGAACUGAAAGAAGAGGAAAAGGUGCUUGAAAAGUGUAGUUUCCGUGACGAGGACGACGACUGCACGUACCACUACACUGUGGAACAUGCCAAAGCUUCGACGGCUAAAGACUUGGAGGUCCAGGUUCUCAAGAAGAAAGAUUGUCCUCCUGCCAGCCUCCUCUGGCUCCUCCCUCUCAUCCUGUUCCUCCUGUUACUGCUGGCACUUUUGCUGCUCUGCUGCUGGAAAUAUUGUGCCUGCUGCAAAACUUGCUGCCAGAGCUGUCUCGCUCUGCUGCCUUGCUGUAGGAAAGGUCGUAUGGUUGGAUUCAAGGAGGAUGAGUAUCUUCUCCGCCACUCUCUGCUCACCUCAGACCACCUGGACACGCCGAUGGUGCGGACAGGCCCUCUCAAAGGCACCGAUGUGGUUCGCUGGAAGGUUACGGAUAAUGUGCACCGAAGUCCUAACCACCCUCAGGCUCUCAUAAAGCCCAACCCUAAAGAAAUGAUUCAGUAUCCGAUCUCCCUGCGGCUUAACAGGCGGUUUUCGGAGAACUUGUCUCGUCCUGAGUCCAGAGAUGCUGAACAACUUUCGAAAGAAGUAGCAGACAAUCUUAAUGAGGUCUACAAGCAAAUUCCUGGGGCCCAGAAAAUGCAGAAGACCUCAUUUAGAACACAGAGAAAUGCUGGGAAAAGACAGGACUACACCAUCAUGGACACCGUCCUGUCUGCUCCACGCAGCAGCUACCCUGAUAUUGUCAAGCUGACUGAAAGAAAUGUCCAGUCAGGACGCUUCCACGAACUGAAAGUGUUACCCGGCUACUACACUGUCGCCACAGACAGAGAGGCUGCAGGAGCUAUCGAGUUCCAAGAAGGCGUGGAGUCAGUGGAUGUUCACGUGCCACUCUUUGUCAAGGAUGAGGACGAUGACAAGAAGCAGCUGCUGGUGGAGGCGAUGGACGUACCACUGGGCAUUGCCGGAAUUGGGAAACGUUUGGUGAACAUCACCAUCAUCAAGGAGCAUGCCACCAGCGUGUUCUCUUUCCUCCAGCCGGCCUACACCUACAGCAGACAGGACGGGGUGGCCAACAUUCCCAUUAGUAGGGAGAUCAUAGAGGACGGACGCACGCAAGUCUCCUACCGUACUCGAGAUCUCACAGCUAAGGAUAAAAAGGACUACGUGACUGUGGAUGGUGACCUCACUUAUGGUCCUGGUGAGACCCAGAAGACAGUUCCAGUUCGUCUGCUGGAGCUGGGCGAGAAAGAUGCACUCUUGGAUGAUAAACAGGUCAAACAGUUUGUCAUGGACCUCAGCAACCCACGUCAGGGGGCCAAGCUUGGACGCUACCCUAGAACUACUGUCACAAUCGCCGACAUACCAGAGCCCAGUGCGAUGAUGUUCAAGAGGGGCACCCAGAACUUCACUACAUCCGACCCAACCUACACCAUCCCGGUGGUCCGCACUCGCAACCCAGACAGCCUCGCCACAGUGAAAUGGCGCACCAAGAAAGCCCAACGCUUUGAUCUUUCUGGCCCCCUAAAGUUCAGUCCCGGAGAGACAGAGAAGAAUAUAGUGAUUGACCCAAGAAUGCACCCUGGUGUGGUUCAACCAGAGACCUUCCAGUUGGAGCUGUUUGACCCAAGUAGCAACAGCACAAUCGGAGAGAGAAAGACCACAAUUGUUAAUGUCGUAGAAGGAGGUCUAAGGUCCCCUGAGAUGUCCCAGAUGCAACAGAAAGGCUUUUUAACUCCUAAAAAUACCUCGCCUGGUGGCCGCCUUCUUGCGCCACCAAACCCUAAGGCCAGAGCAACUGGACCCAGAAGCAUCCGUCUCAACUGGGACCCACCACCUGGUAACCCCAUGGGGUACAAGGUGAAGUAUUGGAUCUACGGUGACCCAGAGAAAGAUGCCCAGGUCAUUGAUGUGAAGACUCCUCAAGCAGAGCUGACCAACCUGUAUCCCUACUGUGACUACGAGAUGCGAGUAUCUGCCUACAAUGCAAUGGGAGAUGGCAAUGAUACAGACAUUGUUGCCUGUCAGACUCUGGAGGAUGUACCGGGGGAACCAGGUCGCCUGGCCUUCAAUGUCAUCAGCCCGACUGUAACUCAACUCAGUUGGGCUGAGCCUGCAGAGACAAACGGUAACAUCACGGCUUACGAAGUCAUCUACACACCCAUCGAUGAUGAGCUGAAGCAAGUGGGUGCAGCUAAGAAGGUGAAGAUUGACAACCCAAAGAAGCGAAUGCUCUUGAUUGAGAAUCUUGUGAAUGCCCAGACGUAUCAGUACAAGGUCCGUGCCAAGAACAGUGUUGGCUGGGGCCCCUUCAGAGAUGCGACCAUUAACUUGGCAUCACAACCUGUGAGACCUCUGUCCAUUCCCAUUAUUCCAGACAUCCCUAUUGUAGAUGCAGAAGCGGGAGACGAAUAUGACAGCUAUCUGAUGUACAGCAAUGAGGUGCUGAAGUCUCCCGCAGGCUCCAAGACACCCAGCGUCUCUGGUGAAGAUUAUAUGAUGAAUGGAAAGUGGGAUACAAACUUCCUUUUCCCAGGCGGUUCUACCACACGCAACUUGUCGACAUCAUCCUCUCCGAUGUCCACUGUGAGCUCCAACUACCGCGGCGGCUCCUUUACCACAGAAACCACCACCACCUACAUGUCUGGAGCAGGAAGCCCUCGGCGACCCGAUAUGAUGGGUGGAAUGGGUGGUAUGCACACAUCAGACGUCAUCAUGAGGAAGCACUCAGAGAGCAGGGGUUACACAGAUGAAAACAUCCGGGACUCUAUUGUCAUGGGAGAUGGUUCGAGCAAGUUCCCAGAUCUAGGUGUUUUCGGCUUCACUGGGUCGCAGAGCACCUCUCAGAACCAGUUCAGCUACAGCCUGUCCCAAGGUCCGAGGGCCAGAACCCAGUCUUCGGAGGUCAACGAAGCCCUGUAUGAUCUGGACAGGGUGCUGCAGGAUACAAGACUCUCCCCGGGAGUCCCCGCCACCCCCAGCAGACUGGUUUUUUCUGCUCUGGGUCCCACUGCCUUGAAAGUCAGCUGGCAGGAACCGCACUGUGAUAAGGACAUCCUUGGCUACUGUGUGCUCUACCAGCAGCUCAAUGGAGGCGAGGUGAAGCGCAUCAACGUGACCAACCCAGCAGAGAACUCUGUGAUCAUCCAGGACCUGCUGCCCAACCACUCCUACCUAUUUAAGGUGAAGGCUCAAAGCCAAGAGGGCUGGGGCCCGGAGAGAGAGGGCGUCAUCACCAUCGAGUCGGCCGUCGAUCCCAAGAGUCCCCUCAGUCCCAUGCCAGGCUCACCGUUCACCUUGAGCACACCCAGUGCUCCGGGUCCCCUCGUCUUCACAGCACUAAGCCCGGAUUCCCUGCAGCUUAGCUGGGAGAAACCCCGGAAACCAAACGGAGGCAUUCUGGGCUAUGUAGUCACCUGUGAGCAGCUGCACGGAGGAGGUGACAUGCGUUCAUUCCAGGUGAACGGUGACAGCGCUGAGACCAGGCUGACCGUCCCCAACCUGACUGAGAACAUCCCCUAUAAGUUCAAAGUUCAGGCUCGGACGACUCAAGGUUUUGGCCCCGAGAGGGAGGGCAUCAUCACCAUAGAGUCUCAGGAUGGAGGGGCUUUGUCUCAGUACAACAAUCAAUUCAUGACUAGAAGGGACGUGUUCCACAUGCCCAGCGAAGUCAACACAGUCAGCAACAUCUCCCGCACCAUGAUCAACGACCCAUUCUUCUCAGAUGGAAUGACGAUGACCACGCAGCACACGGAGACCAGCGGCAUGAUGACACGCCAAGUCACCAAGGAAGUGGUCCAGAGGAGCGUCAUCGGAGGAACCACCGUCACAAAGAAGAUGUUUUAUGACUCCUAAGACGUACGCUUACAUUUUAAUGUCGCCUUUAUUCACAUUCACACUCUUUAAGAGUCUCAGAGCUCAUGUAUGAGAUCAUGGUACCAAAAAAAAAACAUUUUAUAGUUGUAUGUUACAAACAUUGUCCCCUCACUGUCGAGUAACCAACACACACAAACAUACACACUCCAAGUGUAUUUAAACCAGGCAGGUAAUCCCACUGUCUGUUCCCUAAUCCAAAAUGACACUACGCCCUUGCCACACUAAUCUUGUAAAUCUGUUCUGCCUGCGUGUAAUAUUACAAUUUCACAGGUGACACAAACAUGCAUGCCAAAUAUACGUGCCUUUUUAAUAUCGUUUUUUGUGUGCUCCUCCUACUGGAAAUGAUUCAACAGCUAGUACUUGGUUUCACAUUUCAUAAGAUGCCCGUUAUGUUAAGUGUGUGUUAUAAACGUAUACUAUGGUCGUACUAAUGGAAUAAGAGCUGUACGUUUGCAGGAAUCGCGUAUGACAAAAACGAUUGUAUUUGCUUCAAUGCACAAAUAUAGUCAAGUUGUUGUGCAUGUUAACGCCAUACAGGUGCAUCUCAGUAGGUUGGAAUAUCUUGGAAAAGUUCCUUUAUUUCAGCAGUUCAAUUUAAAAAGUGAAACGAUUUAAAAUAUGAAGUUACAAGUUCAUUUGUAUGAUAAACUUAGAUUUUAUUUUUUAUAUUGAAUUAAAAUAUUUCAAGAAUAUUUAUUCAUUUAUUGAUCAUUUCGCAAAUAAAACAACUCAUUCAGUUCAAUAUUGCAAACUACUGGUUGGCGCUCUUCUAAUCGGCCAAUGAACUGCAAAAACUUUGAAUAAAAACCAGGGCUGUCAAAUGAUUAUACAUUUUUUAUUCAAAUUAAUUAAUCGUGAUGAAUCACCAUUUGCAAUUAUGUGUGAAAUAUGCCCCUUUUUUACUGUAUUUUAUGAACAGAAAGAUCAAUGACUGGAGAGGAUUAUAUACAUAUUUGUAUGCGUUAACAGCUCCAAAUUAAAUGAAAAUUUUAAUCAAGCUAAAAGAUACUGCACAUGUCCGAAAAUAGUCUAUUUAAUAGUAGCAGGACAUGAACCUUGUUAGGAGCCAUGAUGGGUUGCGUUCAAAGACACCACGUGAUGGGUUUUGAGUGUACAUGUGUUUUCUGGGAUUUCCGAGCAUACUUAAAUGCAGCAAAUUGUACUUCCGCAGGAAGCGUUACGUUAGUAAUACGAAUAUCAGCUUACUGUUUUUCUUUGUCUUUAUGUUUAUUUAGACCACACGUACACGCAUAAUAAAGACGGUGUUGUGAUGUACGGAGUGUCUAUGAAUGCAUCUCGUGGUCUGUCUCGUGAAAAUGAGGAAGUGUAGUUACAAUGAGGAAGUGUCAUUGCAAUGACGAAUGGACGAUAUACAAAUAUGGUGUUGGAAUGGCACGGCUGUUGAUGCGUUCAGGUCAGAAUAAAGUUAUAAAGGAGCGACAGACUCUGUGCGACAGUGUUACUUGACAUGAUGCGCAUAACAUGGUGAAAUAAAUUAGUUACCACUAUUAACGUGCUGUUUUCCACAGCCCUGGUAAAAACCUUUAAUUGGUCGGUUAUGUCGGAAUUGAACCCCUGAAGUCAAAUAACUUUUGCACGGUAUUCAAAUGUAUUCAUAUGCACCUGUAUUUUACUUUUACGAAAGAAAAAAAGUGCGACAUUGGGCCUAACGUGGUUAAAUGGAUGUAUUUUUAAAAAGAAUUCACGUGUGACUUUCAAGCAGAUGCGCUUACCUUUGUAUUUUCUGUACGUCAAAUCUAUUGCACUUAAUAAAGAUUCUAAAACAAGUA